UUUCUCACCGUCAGUUCUCUUACAACAGCAACAGAUACAUUUACUGUUUAUUUCUGAAUGAGAUAUCGCUUUAUCUCCUUAUCGCAUUGAUGUUUAAAGCCUCUGAUUUUAACGUGGAUGGAUUGCCGUUCCGUCAUCGACUUUGAAUCAUUGCAAAGAUAACUGGGGAAUGAUGCGUGAUUUUGGGAAAUUGUGGAGCAACAACUCUGAGGGUCACAGCAGUGAUCCUGAGGAUGAUGAAGAGGAGAUGGCGUUCGGAGACAAUGAGGAAGACUCAGACGAGAUGAUGGACCUGAGUGAUCUUCCUACAGCGCUGUUUGCAUGCAGCGUGCAUGAGGCUGUUUUCGAAGAGGACAGGCAGCGGGAGCGUUUUGAAGCUCUGUUCAGGAUCUAUGACGAUCAGACGUCUUUCCAGAUGUUCAAGAGCUUCAGAAGAGUUCGGAUCAGCUUCAGCACCCCAGAGGCGGCUGCACGGGCACGCAUCGAGCUCCAUGAAUCCGAUUUUAACGGCACUAAACUAAAACUCUAUUUCGCACAGGUGCAGAAUUCAGGUGAAGAUGUGGACAAGACAUACCUGGCCCCGCCUCAACCUGUCAAGCAGUUCCUUAUCUCUCCACCUUCGUCACCACCAGUGGGGUGGAGUCAGAGCGAGGACGCCACACCUGUGCUCAACUAUGAUCUGUUGUGUGCUGUGGCUAAACUAGGACCAGGUGAGAAGUACGAGUUGCACGCCGGUACGGAGUCCACUCCCAGCGUGGUGGUCCACGUGUGCGAGAGCGAAACCGAGGAAGAAGAAGAAGCUCGGCCCAAAUCCAAGAUCAUGCAGACCAGACGUCCCGACGGACCCCCGAAAGUCUUCAACUAAAUUUUUGGUGGCAUCGCACACGUUCUCUCUCUCUCUUUCUCUCGUCCAGAGAAAGACGCGCUUUAUUUCAACAACAAAAGCUAAACUACGAAACGGAUGCAUUUGGAGGGGUGCUCGAUGCACCAGAGGCUCACGGUGUUCCGAACCGAACUAGUGGAUUUAAUACACCGUCUCACCCGUGCCUCACGGGACAGCCAGGGGGUGAUGAGUUUGCAACCACACCCCCUUCCCACAAUCGCACCACUUUCAUUCCCUCAUUUAAAGUCUUUGUACUGUAGCAUUGCCGAGCUGUAAUUGUAUUUAACAGUUGUAGUAGAUUAUUCACAUCAUGUAAACUUUGUUACAGAUCAUUAAUGAAAAUGCUUUCGAAAUGAAAGGGAAGGGUUUAUUUUCCCAGUUUCUCUCUGAUGGCUGAAUCCACGUUUAUCUCCAUAUCGGUGUGCCGGGUCUCGCCGGUGUGUCUGUAUGUGUUUGCCAGGAUGGCGUGAGGUUUUCAUUGAAAGUGUUGAGAGGGAAGGUUUCUGAAAUGUUUCAAUUAUGUGCGAGGGGGUUAGUUUACUAAGAUGGAUGUGCAUUAUUCUUACUGUGUAUUUGAUACCACACUCAUUUUUGCAUGCUAACUGGUGUAUUUUAUACUCUGUUAAAGAAUAAAGUUGAGCAUAUCUGACCGCUGUCAGUGGGAUAAACUGGCCUUGGACGAUGAAAAAAACAAAUCUGACUUUUUGGACUUGUGUAACUCACUCAUGGGCCUGAUAAAAAGUUAUUGAUAGUGCAGAAGUAAAGCACAUCGAGUGUGUGUUUUGGGGGCUUUCUGUACUGCUUGCAUUGUUUAGCACUAGAAAUGUUGGAGAUCUCUGUAUAGAUUUAGUAAAUCUACAUUGACCUGCUGACAUUGUAGGACUCUGCUCAUUGUGGACGGUGACAGAAAAUAGCAAAUCUCGGUUGAGUUAUUUUAGAUAUUUUUUUCUAAUCGUUCUGGAGAUCACUGGAUCUUAUCUUGCUUGUCGUGAGUUGUCUUGUAUUGUAUAUUAUAUGCAGUGUAAAGGGCAUAAAAAAAUAAGACGGGCUCUUCAGAACCGAUGUAUGAAAGGGAUAGUUCGGCCAAAAAUGAUAUUAAACUCAUGAUUUACUCACCCCCAAGCUGUCCGAGUUGCAUAUGUCCAUCGUUUUUCAGACAAACACAUUUUCGGAUAUUUUAGAAAAUGUUUUAGAUCUUUCAGUUGAUUAAAUGUAAUGUUACGGGGUCCACGACCUUCAAGUCCAAAAAAAGUGCGUCCAUCCUUCACAAAUUAAAUCCAAACGGCUCCAGGAUGAUAAACAAAGGUCUUCUGAGGGUAAUCCGCGCAGUGUUGUUGUAGAAAUAUCCAUAUUUAAAACUUUAUUAACGAAAAUAAAUACCUGCCAGUAGCGCCGCCAUCUUAGACUCCUCUGUAUUCAGGAGAGAGUAUUAGCGUAGUGUACGCACUUUUCUUAGUGACGUAUGACAAAUUCGGAGGGCGGGGGGACAGAGCAGCAGCAGAGUAGCCUCCGUAGGCUGCGUAAGCUCGCAUCCUGAAUGCGGACGCGACUAAGAUGGCGGUGCUACCA